ACUGAUUAAACACCACUUUCAAUUGGUACCCCGAGGUGUUAUGCACUAGUGCACUGUGUUCAGUGUUCAGUUAUUGCUAAGGGUUCUAUUGAGAAAGAUGGCAUCUCCGUUUAGUUUGAAUUUGGCGCCACUCAGCCCAGAGCUCCAGAAACGCGCUGAAGUAGAACUCCGUGAAACUCCGGAAAUUGUUGCUGCCGCAAUUCUAGAACUUCGAGAACUCGUGGAAAAUGAUGAUACCAUUUACUUCAAAACGGAUGACAAAAUUCUCAUCAUGUAUCUCAGACCAUGCAAGUUUUACGCCAAGAGUGCCUACGAGCUGAUGAAGAGAAUUGCGGCUUUUAGAGAAAAGCACAAGGAUAUCUUGGAAAACUUACUGCCCUCCGAUGAAAGGACUGCCUUCACUGAGUAUGGGGUUGUGACCGUUCUCAAAGACAGAGACCACAAAGGGAGGAGAGUGCUGGUUGUGAACAGCGGCUCUGCUUGGGACCCAUCCAAAGUGACCACGGAUCAGCUAUUCAGGAUGUUUUACCUCAUCCAUGAAGCAGCUCUUCUUGAGGAAGAAACCCAGGUCAACGGAGUGGUUGUGAUCAUGGAUUAUGAUGGGCUUGGAAUGAAGCAGGUGAAAUGUUUAACUCCAGCGUUCAGCAUGAAACUGUUGGGAUUCAUACAAGAAGCGAUGCCCCUUAGGCUGAAAGAAGUGCACAUGGUGAAACAACCAUUUGUCUUCAACAUGGUUUGGCAAAUAUUUAAGCCAUUCAUUAAGGAAAAGCUGAAGAACAGGAUCCACUUCCAUGGUUCAAAGAUGGCUUCGCUCCACAAGUUCAUCCCUCCAACGCAUUUACCAAAAGACUACGACGGCGUGCUGCCAGCCAUUAAUUACAGUGGCAAAGAAUGGUAUCCGGUCAUUGAAGAGCAUAUUGAACAUAUCAAAAUGUUGAAUAGUUUUGGACUGAAAAAGAAAUAAUGCAGUAUUUGUGUUCUAUGAUUAGGCUAUAGUAAAUAUUAAGGAUCUAAUUCUGUAUUUUGUCCCCUUUUUUAGUAAAUAUUUCAAAGCCAAAUAUAACUUUGUAAGUU